AUGGAAAACCUCUCUACUUUGCUCACGAUAGCUCUCCUCCUUUGCGCCGCCACACUAACGGGCGCUGCCCGACAUGAACCGGCCGACUUCACUUCCUUCACAAUCUCUCCGGCCGACAUACUUAGUCUGGAAAUGAUAGAAUCAAAACUACAUGAUGUGGCGGGAGAGAGCUGCGAAAAAGAAGACGACGAAGAUUGCCUGAUAAGAAGAUCAUUGACGGCUCAUCUAGAUUACAUCUACACACAGAAGAAUAAUAGUCCUUAG